GGAGGUGGUGCUCGCGGGGCGGCCUUCGCCGAGAGUCGGGACCGGGCAGGGUUUGCCAGUAUGGAGCCUGUAAGCUUUGACAACUUGUCAAUUUUGUAUCAAAGUGAGGACUUCAUUGUGGUCAACAAGCACUGGGAUGUCCGCAUCGACAGCAAGAUGUGGUAUGAAAAGCUGACUCUGCAGAGUCAGCUGAAAUACCGAUUUCCAGAACUUGCUGAUCCAGACACUUAUUAUGGCUUCAGGUUUUGCCACCAGCUGGAUUUCUCCACCAGCGGGGCACUUUGUGUGGCACUGAACAGAGAGGCAGCUGGCAGUGUGUACGCGUGUUUCAAAAAUCGGACAGUCACCAAGGCCUAUCUUGCAUUGGUAAGAGGCCACAUCCAGGAGCCAAAGAAGACGAUCUGCUUUGCUAUAGGAAAGAAUACGACUGAAGGGCUGACUCACAUGAUGUGCAUUGAGGGGACCGAUGGUUGCAAAAGCCCGAAACCUUGUCGGUCAGAACUCGUAGUCCUUGAAUAUGGGUUGUACAGUGGAGAGCCAGCAACAAAAGUGCUUUUACAGCCUCUCACAGGAAGAACCCAUCAGCUCCGGGUCCAUUGCAGUGCCAUCGGGCACCCAGUUGUUGGGGACUUUACCUAUAGCUUUAAGAAGGACAAUGCUCCAUAUCGGAUGAUGCUGCAUGCAUUUUAUUUGUGUAUUCCAACCAGAGGAAAGUUGAAGUGAAACGCUCCAGACCCCUUUGUUCCCUCCUUCGACAGCAGUUGGGUCCCUCAGCAUCUUAUACACCACUUGGAUGAGCUGAUCCAGGAAUUGAAAGAGAAGGGCAUUUGGGCGGGGGAGGAAGAAAAGCAGGAAGAUCCAUCUGCUGUCCCAAGUUAUGAGGUCACAUCUGAAACAAAGACCCAAGAGAUGGAGAAACAACAAACCCACUGCAAGCAGUGCUUAUCUGAAUGGGCACCGGAAUGAAAUGGCUACUCCUUUGCGAUUGAAAUUGAAACCAUCUCUCUUUACCCUGGGGCUUUAGAAUUUAUCCCAAAUUCUAAAUACAAACACCCUGUAGACAUCCCUGAAGGAUAUUUUGAUACGUGUAUGCACAAAACUGCCUGGCUGGCUUCCGCUUUUUUAUCAUCAAAGCACAGCUUUGACUUUUAAACUAUUUGCUUGCCAAUUUAAAUCAAACUCAUGGUUUUAACUUGUAGGGAUGUUUGAGAGAUAGCCAUCCUAUAGUCUAUCAAUGUAAUAGUAAUAUCUGUUCCAGAAUGUUGUAGUAAAUAAUACAUUUUUAAGAUGUCUGAAUUAUUCUCACAACAGUAUUUUUGUUUUAAAAAUAAUGUUUGUGGUCCAUUUUCUAAAUGCAUAAAAUAUUCAAAUGGCUUUAAGUUACCAUAUUUUUCAGAGUAUAAGAUGCACCUUUCCCCCCCAAAAAAGAGGGUGAAAAUCUGGGUGUGU